GUGGGUUGCCGGCACACAUACGCAUCUCAGAAAGUAAGCCGUGAAGCCGAAGAACUCAGCAGUCACACUACGCACUAGUCUGACACGGAAAGCUGCAGUUGGAAUUUUCCCCCGAACCCUGAAGUUUAAGCUGGUGGAUUGGCCAGCGCUUCACAAAAGGGUUGCGCGGGAAAGAAGGGACUGUACGACAUUUCCGCGAAUUCUGAAGAGAGCUGGUAACUUGUGCAGCACUUCACAAUAGGAUUGCGCUGGAUGACAAGAACUGUUCGAGAGAGGAAAGGAGCAGUUCGACGUCAAAAGAAUUUUCCCCGAACCCUGAAGGCAAGCUGGUAACGUGGACAGCACUUCGACAAAUAGGGUGUCGCUGGAAACAUAUCGAGAGAGCUGUUCGAAAGGAAUUUUUUCCCCGAACCCUGAAGGAAGCUGGUAACUUGGACAGCACUUCGACAAAUAGGGUGUCGCUGGAAUACGCAUCGAGCUCGAACGACGACAAGUACGCCACUCUGAGCACCGGAGGUCGCGCGGAAACAAGAAUUGUGCCAGGUUUGGCCCCCUGCAUCAGCAAUUCAAGUCGACAUUACAACGAAGAGUACAGUUCUGGAAAAGGAAGCCUCAACAUCUGAGCAAGGAGCCUCAACUUUUGAGCAAGGGAUUUUACGGAGGAACAAUUCAAGUGAAUUGGAAAAGGAGAAAUUACUGGAAGGAGAGCCUCGGCAUCAUCAGCACCUGGCACCAGUACCACAACAAGGAUCGACCAUGGCCCAAGACAGCAAACACUUCCAACUGCUGAAGAGCCUACAUAAGUUCAGCGGCAGGGAUACGGAGUAUCCAGAGUGGAAGUACACGACAAGGAGGACUCUGGCCUUGUAUCGGCCCAACAUCAACAAACUACUAGGGGAGAACUGGAGCCCUACUCCUAUCUAUGAACUACACGACCAAGAUGACGAUGGAGAUCAAGAUGGUGGAGACCAAGAACAUGAAGAUGACGAAGACACUGGAAACCGUGAUGACAAAGACGCUGCGUACCAAGAAGCUCUACAGCAGCUACGUUCAGCGGAGUCAGCAUCUGUGGAAGCUCGAGAAAAGGCAGCACUUGCCCGCAAAGUGCUUACUGAUGCCGACGAAGAACAGAAGACCAUCACACGAGCCAUGAAAGACGCAUCGGAUACUGCUGAACUACUCGCUGAUCAAGCUGAGACCAUCGUUCGUCUGCACAAGGAGCAACUACCACGGAAGCGUUCUUCGCAAGGUCAACAGGAAUCACGAAGGAGACCAUCAGCGCCACGGUCAUCAUCCAUCGGACGUUCACGUUCUAUCGUGAACCAGCACGAGCUGGACGAAUUUGAGGAAGCCGAUUCUCAACUCUUCAACAUUCUCUACCACAUAUUGAUCGGGCCAGCUAAAUAUGUGUUACGGCGACACGCGCCUGUGGAUGAAUCGAGUGGAAGCGGACUAGCUGUUUGGAAGGAGCUGGAAUCUAAAUUUCAGCCUGCCGAUGAACACCGGCGGAGAAACCUGGAACGAGAAUUGGAAUCAGCUACCAUGCGAACUGGUACUGAUCCGGACAUCUUCAUCACCCAUGUCUGGCAUCUCGCGGAGCAACUUCGCUUCAUCGGAGGAACAGUCACCGAUGAGAAACUUGGGGACAUCAUACUGCAAGGACUGCCAGCAGAGUACCACCUGAUCAGUGGAGCAUCGGGCCACUACUUGGACAGCGAGCUGUUACCAGAUCUGGAAAACAUUUUGGAUGACUUCACGUACAUCACUACGCCUACGAAGAUUAUUGGUGCUGGAGGAAUUGAGCUUGAAGGGACCAGCAAAGGCAUCAUCAGCGUUUUCGCCAAGGAUGAAGAAGGAAACGACAGGAGAGUGCGGUUCAAGUGCACAGUGGUUCCAGGGCUAGGGCGGCACCUGUUCUCUACUGGAACAGCUCAGAAGAAAGGUGCGAAUACGAUCAUGUCCGAUCAACCUCGAAUCGAGUUGCCGGCUACUUCGAGAGAUGGAUCAACAAUCGCCCUGGUGUUACGAGAAGUGGGGACGCUGUAUUUCCUGGAUGUGCGACUCGACACAAACCAGUGUGAACGGAGACGGAGGAUCACUGAGGAAAAUAUGAACACGUACGAAAAUUCAUAUGUUGCUGCUCCACGCGCGGAGCCCUACAACCUUUGGCAUCGGCGUUUGGCGCAUUGCCACAAGGGCAUCAUUGAGGCAGCAGCGCGCAUUAAAGAAACUGGAGUUAAGCUCACGGACAACUUGGACCCGUGCGAGACCUGCAAACUUCAGAAGAGCACCCAAAGGAAGCACCCCAAAACGGCGAAGCAUACAGCCGUUCAACCAUGUCAACGAGUGUACACGGAUCUGCUGGGACCAAUUUCGCCACCUGCAAAGGGCGGAUUCAACUAUGUCAGCAAAUUCACGGAUGAAUAUUCCAGAAUGAAUGUGGUGUACCUGAUACGGACCAAGGACGAAGCUAUCGACACGCUGGAAAGAUUUAUUGACGACAUCGUCAUACCGAAUGGUUUUCGGUUGGAGCGGCUUCGGAGUGACUGUGGAGGAGAGUACACAGCUGAAUACUACACGAAGUUCUGCAAAACCAUCGGCAUUGUCCAAGAAUUUACGGCACCGGCAACACCGCAACAAAAUGGGAUAAGCGAGCGUGCUGGACGGACGCUAAUGAACAUCGUUCGAUGUUUACUGCAUGGCGGACAACUACCGGAGUAUCUAUGGGGCGAGUUGUGCUGCACGGCGGUACACAUCACGAAUCGACUGCCGCAUGUGCAUCUGAACAACGAGACGCCUUACUACCGGAUGUUUGGGAAACAAGCUUCGCUACGACAUCUACGGGUUAUCGGAUCGUCAGCGUUCGUACACGUCGAAACGUACAAGUCUAAGCUUGCCAAUCGAGCUUGGCCCGGAAUACUGGUUGGGUACAGCCCCAACAGCAACGCUUAUCGGAUUUAUAAUCCGCAUACCAAGCGCAUCGUUCCAUCGAGAAACGUGACUUUCAUCGAACCAAUGGACGCGGCCAUGCCGCCGGUCAUACCGACCAUUAAAAAACUACGCGACUACGACGGCGACGAAUUAUCGUUUUCCUCGGAUGUCGACAUACCCGGAAACGAGGGGGAAGUGAAAGAUAAUUCGAAAUAUGAGGAGGAUUACUACGAAGAAGAACAAGAACAAGAACAAGAACAAGAACAAGGAACUCCAACUCGCAUGCACUUGCGAAGCAGCGGAAGCAGCGGAAGGAAUACGGAGAAUCAACAAACAACAAACAACAAACGGCAGCAAGCGGAGCUACGGAGGCUAUCACCAUGGAACAAACUAGCGACUUUUGUCAACCAAUACCAAGACCAAGAUCAAGAUAUAAGAAUCAAGACUCCAUCAGCUGGAGAACCUGUCCGGCCGCCAGCAUCUAUACCUGUACCAACUACUUAUCAAGAAGCCAUGAGGUCUAUGGACGCCGAUCAAUGGAAAGCAGCUAUGGACAAGGAGAUGAAGAGCCUGAAAGAUCAUGAUGUGGCGGAUCUAGUCCCAAUUCAGAGUCUACCCCCGGGAGCUAAGCCUAUUGGAUCAAGAUGGUUGUACAAAAUGAAAGCAACUGGAGUAAUGAAGGCAAGACUCAUCGUACAAGGCUGGGGACAACGACAUGGCAUCGACUGUGGAGGAACUUAUGCACCUGUGAGUCGAUUUAGUUCACAGCUGGUUUUAAUGGCGAUUGCAGCGGAGAGAGGAUACGUUGUGGAAACCAUGGACGUGGUAACUGCAUUUCUUCAAAGCAACGUGGAAGAAGAAGUGUACGUUCGUCAAGCCAAAGGAUACGAAAUAACGGAUGAAGUUACGGGACUACCGCUGGUGAUGAAGCUCAAGAAAAGCUUAUACGGAUUGAAGCAAAGCCCUCGGAACUUCGGCAACGCAUUUGCCAAAGGAAUAAAAGAAAUCGGGUUUACUGCUCUGCUGAGCGACCCGUGCGUAUAUGUGUACGGUGCUGGACCGACAUACGCGAUACUAUGUGUGUACGUGGACGACUGCACACUAGCUGGAAAGACACCGAGCGUGGUUCAAGAUUUGAAGAAACAACUAUCGGACAAAUUCAAGAUGACGGACGGCGGACCAGCGGAACUACUAUUAGGAAUGGAGAUUUCUCAGAGCGACGGAGAAAUCAUUGUGAGCCAACACAAAUACGUGAUGAAUAUUCUGGACAAGUACCAGAUGGUGGAUUGCAAACCAGCAGCAACUCCAGGGAGCGGACCGGAGAUCGAACAAGAGCCGGAGAACGCUAUAUAUUUAAGCGAAGAGGACAAGAAACUCUACCAAGGAAUUGUCGGAAGUCUACUCUUCCUGACUAACACAACGAGAUGGGAGAUUGGAUAUGCCGUGAUGGUCCUGUGCAGAGGGAUGAACAAGCCUACUAAUCAACAUAUGGUCGGAGCAAAGAGAGUGCUGAGAUACCUUCGAGGAUGCCCGGAUAUGCCACUGAAGUUCAGGAGAGGACAAUGGGACCUGAAGUGCUACUGUGACGCGAGCUUCGCUGGAUCGAGCGAGAGACUUCAGAAGCUGCAGCAUCAACUUUGCAGAAGCUAA